AUGUCUUAUCAACAGCAGCAGUGCAAGCAGCCUUGCCAGCCUCCUCCUGUGUACCCACCCCAGAAGUGCCCUGAGCCUUGCCCUCCUCCAAAGUGCCCUGAGCCUUGCCCUCCUCCAAAAUGCCCAGAGUCCUGUCCUCCACCAAAGUGUCCAGAGCCUUUUCCUCCCCCAAAGUGCCCUGAGGCAUGUCCCCCUAAGUCAUGCCAGUAG